AUGGUCAGCAUCUCAUGUUGCAUCUCCAAAUUGUCCUUGCAAGAAAUGGCUUUUAUGAUAUCCAAAAACCGGCAAUCUCUAUCUGAAUCAGAAAAGAUGACUGAGGCGGCUGAAACCCUCGAUUCAGUCACCACCCAGCUCUUUCUAAAAUCAUCCUCGACUCAACGUUCAGCCCAAAGACUUGACAAAGACGUUGUUCUCAGGCGUUUACGGUACCAUAAGACGUUGAACAAGGUUAAGAACACUUUCCAGGCAAUACGUGCACCAGAGGAUGGAGGUACAGUAUCAGAUUAUAACGAGAAAUGGCUUGAACAGGGUGAUAAUUUCUCCUUCCCAUGA